AUGUCAUCCUAUAACACCCUCCCUCUCCAUGAGACGCUCAACCUAUAUGUCUCACCCACCGCAUACGUAUUCGAACCUGCCUCUUCAUCAUCCCCAACUCACGGCUUCGAUGGGCCUGCUUUCGUUAACGAGAAGGAUUCAAGGGAGAGUUUGUAUGUGGAUAGAAGGACGGGUCGAAUGAGCUUGAAUGAAUCAUCCCAAAUACCAUUCGGGAAAGAAAAAGUUAUAACUUGUUAUGGGAUCAUUGGAACUUUGAGUCUCGCUACGACCGACUUUCUUUUGAUUAUAACAUCUCGAACUCCCUCUUGUCGACUCCUCUCUCAACCCAUAUACCUAGCAACCGAUUUCCGUUUACUCCCCCUAUCACCACUCUCAACCUCUUCCACCAUCCUCGAUCACCCUGUCGAGAAAGAGCUCAUCUCCUUGGUAGAACAAGGUUUGAAGUCAGGUAGAUUAUGGUUCUCCUACGGAUGGGAUUUGACAAACUCCCUUCAGAGGCAGAAUGCACUUGCUCAAGAUGGCGAAAAGAAGAAUUGGCCAUUAUGGAAGAAAUCGGAUGAAAGGUUUUUCUGGAAUAGGUAUUUGAUGGGGAAGAUGAUUGAUUUAACGGAGAAUGGUGGUGUUGAUUUGAGCAGAUUCAUCUUACCUGUAAUGUACGGAUCCGUCGAACUUCGCUCCACGACACUGAACAACCGCGAUCUUCUCUUCCUCCUCAUCUCCCGUCGAUCAAGGCAUCGAGCCGGUACACGAUACUUCUCACGAGGUCUUAAUUCCCAAGGUCACGUGUCCAACUUCAACGAGACGGAGCAGAUAGUCUUGUUCGACCCUUUACCGGAGAACGGGAAUUCCAACUCGUCAAGAAAAGGUAGAGUAGAUGGACGAGAGAGAUUAAGUUUCGUACAGACUAGAGGAAGCGUACCACUUUUCUGGGCAGAAGUCAACAAUUUGAGGUAUAAGCCGGAUUUGCAGAUUAUGGAUUAUACUGAGACUCCUAACGCCCUAUCAACUCAUCUCCACUCAAUGAUCGACCUCUACGGCGAUGUGCAUCUCGUCAACCUCGUCAAUCAAAAGGGACACGAACAGCCCGUCAAAGAAGCUUUCGAGCGAUACAUGUCUUUAGUCAAAUCAUCUGAUUCACGUAUCAACGAAAAAGCACAUUACCUAUAUUUCGAUUUCCACCAUGAAUGCCGUAAACUUCGAUUCGAUAAGAUUCAACUUUUGAUCGAUAGGUUAGAACCUGAAUUGGAGAAGAUGGGAUGGUUCCAUUCUACCAACCCUGGUUCUUCACAUGUGAUAAGUAGACAACAGGGUGUGAUCAGGACGAAUUGCAUGGAUUGCUUAGAUAGGACGAACGUCGCUCAGUCCGCUUUGGGUAGAUGGGCGCUGAAUAGACAAUUGAGGACGGUAGGGAUUAUCAAUAUAAAAGAGAGUGUGGAGGAUCAUGAGGAGUUCAUGACUAUGUUCAGACAUGUCUGGGCGGACCACGGUGAUACCGUCUCAAGGGCAUAUGCAGGUACAGGUGCCCUUAAAGCGGAUUACACGAGGACGGGUAAGAGAUCGAAAGAAGGGAUGUUGGAAGAUGGUUAUAAGAGUGUGAUGAGGUAUAUAAGGAAUAACUUUUUCGAUGGUGAUAGGCAGGACGCAUUUGAUAUCCUCACAGGCGCUUGGGUAGCCAAACGAGGUGGUAUUCCCCCUUUGACAGAUACAAGACCAUUGCUUAUGCGAGCGAUGCCUUAUAUCUUGGCUUUCGCACUUACCAUGAUUCUGGCGGCUGUAACACUACCUCGAACAAGUGAACUGUCCAUCUACUCAUUCCUGUUCCUUUGGGUGUUUUUAGCGUUCUUCUCAGGAUCAUAUAUAUGGGGUAAUGGAACAUCAUACGUCUCUUGGCCAAGGUUGAACCCACCCUUAGAAGUACUCUCAUGGAAUGGUCCAGGUGCCAGAUCCAUCGCUAGAGGAAGGGGCUUAUCUCUCGCUAAUGUAAUUCCAAUCUUCAAUAAGAGGCAUGUGGCUGGGAGUAACAGUGGGGGGAUCGGAGGUAGACCGGCGGUAUAUAAGAUGGAGGAAGUUGAGUUGGGUAAAAGGAAAGGUGCUUUGAUUGAUUAA